GGCCGACUCCCACAGUUGCCACGGUGAUAGUGUAGUAACGGAUCCUUGGCCCCGCCUCUUUACCAUAUAUGACAAGACCCCACCCUCUUAGUGAGCCGUGAUUGGUCGACGCGUGCUCCUCUUCACUGUUUGUAAAUGGUACGCUCGAGACGUAUCUGUGUGGCACUCAGCGCGCAAAUGUAUUUUCCGAACGUCCAUAAACAUUUACCGGUCGUCUUAUAUUUCAUUAAUAACCUUGCUUGAGGACGUACGACGAGGAGAGCUCGGCGACGUCGACAACCCCAAAACAAGCCACCAAGACGUGAACGAGGCCGACAUGGUUCAGAUGCACGGCGCCCGAGGGUUGACGGGAGCGGCGGCCAGGGGGAACCUCGGUGAGGUGCGGAGGAUCCUGGAGGAAUGCAGGCUGCAUCCCGAUACUGUCAACGAGUUCGGCAGGACGGCGCUACAGGUGAUGAUGAUGGGCAACACCAGGGUAGCCCGCCUGCUCCUGGAAAGAGGAGCUGAUCCCAACGUUCAGGACGCGGGCGGAACAGCUCCGGUCCACGACGCCGCCCGCACGGGCUUCGUGGACACGCUGAAGGUCCUGGUGGAGCACGGCGCCUCGGUGAACGUGGCGGACCACGGAGGCGCCCUGCCCAUCCACUUGGCCAUCCGAGAGGGCCACCACCGUGCCGUGGAGUUCCUGGCGCCGCUCUCCGACCUGGGCCGCGCCAACGCCCGCGGGCAGACGGCCGUAGACGUGGCCCGGGCGGCUCACCGCCCUGACAUGAUCCGUCUGCUGUUCGCUCACAUCCAUUCGUAGUUUGGGCCGCGCGUCUUCCUUUUCCUGUUCAAACCUGGUGACUUGAAUUCAUUGGCAUCUACGUAAGUUUUUUUGUGUUUUGUUCUUAGCUUGACGUUCAGACAUGAUGCACUUGUUAUGUGGUCAUGGCAGCUACUUUUCAGUUGGUUCUUUUGCACAGUGCAAUGUAGGCACCUUAUUUACUAAAACAUAUUUAUCUCUUUGAAUGGGGAGUGCACAUUAGUUUGAUCUCCUCCAAGUGGUUUGUGUUUAUUUGUAACAAUUGAUUUGUUUGUCUUGUUUUUUUUUUUUUAUGUUAUGAAACUUGAAAUGAAUUUACACUCCUUGCAUGAAAUUAGAUGAGUUUAGACCUUAAAUUAUUUAUUGUUGUUGAUAUAGCAGUGAUGAUUCUUUGAAUUUUUUUUGGGAAAUGUUAUUUAUACUGAGAGUACUUUUAAUACGCAAGUGGAAGAAUUCAGUUUGUUGUUUGAAGAUGAAAGCACAAAAUAAAGGAACUUUUGAAGUCAAAA